UUAUUUUACAUAUAAUGGAUUUACCUGGACCAAUACAUGAUUUUCUUUUAGUUUUUCUGGGGUCGGGCCUUAUAUUAGGUGGUCUAGGAGUAGUAUUAUUUACCAAUACAAUUUUUUCUGCUUUUUCGUUAGGAUUGGUUCUUGUUUGUAUAUCUUUAUUCUAUAUUCUAGCAAAUUCCCAUUUUGUAGCUUCUGCACAACUCCUUAUUUAUGUGGGAGCUAUAAAUAUAUUAAUAAUAUUUUCUGUAAUGUUCAUGAAUGGUCCGGAAUAUGACACAGAUUUCCGUCUGUGGACUGUGGGGGACGGGAUUACCUUAUUGGUUUGUGCAAGUCUUUUUGUUUCAUUAACUAUUACUAUUCUAAAUACGUCCUGGUAUGGGAUUAUUUGGACUACAAAAUCAAAUCAGAUUCUAGAACAAGAUCUGAUAAGCGCUAGUCAACAAAUAGGAAUUCAUUUAUCAACCGAUUUUUUUCUUCCAUUUGAACUCAUUUCAAUAAUUCUUUUAGUUGCUUUAAUAGGUGCAAUUGGCGUGGCUCGUCAAUAAUA